GGCGUCGACACGGCCCAGGUGCUGCCAGCCACACGCAGCGCGGGGGGCACAGCGACGCUGGCGACGAGUUCAUCCCAGCCGGCCCAGAUGUGAGGUCACCAUGAGGAGCCAUCAGAACGUGAGAACCCUCUCGCUGGUGGUGUUCACCUUCACCUUCCUGCUGAUCGGAGCUGCGGUAUUCGACGCGCUCGAGUCGGAGAUGGACGAGAAGCACCAGCACGUGCUCGGGGACAUGGAGGAGAACAUGAAGCGCAGAUAUGGCAUCACUGACGAAGACUACAGAGUGCUGGAGACGACCAUUAUCAAGAUGGAGCCUCACAAAGCGGGACCCCAGUGGAAGUUCAUCGGGGCGUUCUACUUCGCAACGGUGGUGUUGGUCAUGAUAGGGUACGGGCACAGCACGCCGGCCACAGUUGGCGGGAAGGCGUUUGUCAUCCUGUACGCCAUCAUCGGCAUCCCCAUGGGCCUCGUCAUGUUCCAGCACAUCGGCGAGAGACUCAACAAGGGAGCGUCCAUCAUCAUCAAGAAGCUGAAAAUUCUAUUCCGGCGAAAAAAUCCCGAGAUAUCUGAGAUUGACCUGAUGGUGGCCACCUUCUUUCUCUCUACCAUUAUUACUACGUCUGGGGCGGCCAUGUUCUCGCACUACGAGAGGUGGAGCUACUUCGAGUCCUUCUACUACUGCUUCAUCACGCUCACCACCAUCGGCUUCGGAGACUACGUUGCGCUGCAGAAGGACCACGCGCUUUCCGAGAAGCCGGGCUACGUGGCGAUGGCGCUCAUUUUCAUCCUGUUCGGCCUGGCUGUGCUCGCCGCCAGCAUGAACCUACUGGUGCUCCGCUUCAUGACAAUGAACACCGAGGACGUGAAGCAGGUGGACGGGGACAUGCAGCCGGCCUCCUCCUUCCUGUCGCUGGAUGGAGAGUCGCUCAUCAUCAACGGCAACAUGAUCGCCCAGAUGUCGCACCAGACACCGGAGACCAUGAGCUUCGUCUCCCACACGUCCGUAUGCUCCUGCCACGUGCUACCCGAGACACUCUCCGGGAGGGAGGGACAGGUACGGCACCACGCGCCGCCCGUCCCGUAUCUCCCACCUGCUGGACGCGGUGCCGGGGGAGCCGGCCCACAUCACUGAGACACGCGACGACGAGCGGUUCGACCUGGAGACCCCCGAGGACGUCUUCGGCCGCUCCCUGAAGAGGGCCUCCGUGUAGACGAGCGGUUCGACCUGGAGACCCCCGAGG